AUGAGUUGUUCUAAACGUACUAUUGUUCUUUUAUCGUUGCUUGGUUUUCUUCAUUGCCCCAUCAAUACUUGUAUUGCAAAAAAAUGCUGUUUUGAGGAUCAUGAUCUCGAAAACCUAACUAAGAAGCUCUCUGUACCUGAAUCCCAUGCUGGGUUUUUAGGUGGAUUUGUAAGUUUAGCCGCUGGAGGUGGAGGUGGAGGAGGUGGAGGUGGAGGUGGUAAAGGUGGAGGAGGGGUAGGAGGAGGUGGAGGUGGUAAAGGUGGAGUAGGAGGAGGAGGUGGAGGUGGUAAAGGUGGAGUUGGAGGUGGUGGAUCUAAAGGUGCUGUAAGAGGUGGUCAGGGUGGAUCUGAUGGUGAUGGGACAGAUGAUGGUGGAUCUAAUGGUGGAGUGACGGGUGGUGGUGGAUCUAAUGGUGGAGGGAUAGCUAGUGGUGGCGGCGGCGGUGGACAAUCUUAUAGUGGUGGUGGUGGAAGUAAAGGUGGUGUAGUUAUAGCCAGUGCACCCAACAACAAAAGAGGACUAUCUGUCGUGUUUUUACUUGUAAUUUUUAAUAUGAUGGCAUGA